AUGGUUCUUGCACAGCCCGAAAACAAGCAUGUUAUGCAGGCGUUCAGCCUGAAGGGGAAAGUGGCUAUUGUCACCGGUGGCACAAGGGGUAUUGGGUUGGAGAUUACGAAUGGGUUGGCGGAGGCUGGUGCCGAUGUCGCGAUUAUCUAUAACUCUUCCAGCACAGCCGAGAGCACGGCGGCUUCUAUUGCACAGGCCCACAACGUGAGGGUUACUGCGUACCAGGCCAAUGUAGGCAAUCAGAAGGAGAUCGAAGCGGCUGUCCAGCAAAUUGUUCGCGACUUUGGCAAGCUAGACAUCAUGGUCGCCAACUCCGGCAUCGCCACCGCAGUCGCCGCUGAGGAUUAUACCACCGAACAGUGGCAGCAAAUCAUGAAUGUGAAUUUGGACGGCGCGUUCUACACAGCCCAGGCUGCUGCUCGAGUGUUCAAGGAACAGGGAUUCGGUAACAUUGUCUUUACCGCAUCUGUGAGCGCCGCGCUGGUGAAUGUGCCUCAGAAGCAAGCCGCGUAUAAUGCCUCGAAGGCUGGAGUUGUUCAGCUGGCUAAAUGUCUCUCGGUCGAGUGGGUAGACUUCUGCCGGGUGAACUGCAUCUCCCCGGGUUUUGUCGCGACUGAAAUCUUGGAUCAUCACCCGCCAGAGCUGCGUGAAAAGUGGCUCAGCAUGAUCCCAGCCCGCAGAAUGGCUGGAACGUACGAGUUGAAGGGGGCAUACGUAUUCUGUGCGUCGGACGCGUCGAGCUAUAUGACAGGAGCGAACUUAGUGAUCGAUGGUGGAUAUACCCUUCCCUAA